AUGAGCAGUAUUUGCAACAACGAACAAGAGACAACAGAGGUCUGUGAGUCAGAGGCCUGUGAGUCAGAGGACUGUGAGUCAGAGGACUGUGAGUCAGAGGACUGUGAGUCAGAGGACUGUGAGUCAAAGGUCUGUGAGUCAGAAGACUGUGAGUCAGAGGACUGUGAGUCAGAGGACUGUGAGUCAGAGGACUGUGAGUCAGAGGUCUGUGAGUCAGAAGACUGUGAGUCAGAGGACUGUGAGUCAGAGGACUGUGAGUCAGAGGACUGUGAGUCAAAGGCCUGUGAGUCAGAGGACUGUGAGUCAGAGGCCUGUGAGUCAGAGGUCUGUGAGUCAGAGGACUGUGAGUCAGAGGUCUGUGAGUCAGAGGACUGUGAGUCAGAGGACUGUGAGUCAGAGGACUGUGAGUCAGAGGUCUGUGAGUCAGAGGACUGUGAGUCAAAGGCCUGUGAGUCAGAGGACUGUGAGUCAGAGGCCUGUGAGUCAGAGGACUGUGAGUCAGAGGCCUGUGAGUCAGAGGUCUGUGAGUCAGAGGACUGUGAGUCAGAGGUCUGUAAGUCAGAGGCCUGUGAGUCAGAGGACUGUGAGUCAGAGGACUGUGAGUCAGAGGCCUGUGAGUCAGAGGACUGUGAGUCAGAGGCCUGUGAGUCAGAGGCCUGUGAGUCAGAGGUCUGUGAGUCAGAGGACUGUGAGUCAGAGGCCUGUGAGUCAGAGGCCUGUGAGUCAGAGGUCUGUGAGUCAGAGGACUGUGAGUCAGAGGUCUGUAAGUCAGAGGCCUGUGAGUCAGAGGACUGUGAGUCAGAGGACUGUUGGCCUCGUGGGACCAGCAACCCCCUCACAGCUGUCAACAUGGCACACUCUUGCAGGUCUGCUUCCUGUUUUAGUGGCUCGCUGGGCACUGGGUCGUACCAGUGUCGUGGGGUCCUCAAGGUCCAGACCAUUCCAAAAAGGUGUACGCAGCUGGAGGUCUCGCAGGAGGAGGUGACAGGCUUCUAG